CCGACCCAACCCGGACGAGCACGAGUCGCUGACAAGGCGGUUAACUUAGUACUCCUUUUAACUUCUGUUUUUCUUCUUUGUUUUGUUUUUUGUUGUUUUCUGGGGGAACUAUUACCACCAAGAAACUAACCAUGGCAUCUUUCACCUGUCUAUCCGUAUAGCCACCUUCCAAAGCCCUAGCGCCGGCACAAUCCACUUCCAAGAGCUGCGGUUGCAGUUGCAGAUGCUCCCUCGUCGUCUCCGUCUCCGUCACUAAGUGUCAUCGGCGGGCAAUGAGAAAGAGGCUUCAGGUGGUUUGUAUGGCUCCCGAGGAGGAGAAAUCGACUCGACGCAAUCCCCUCGAUUUUCCCAUUGAGUGGGAGAGGCCAAAACCUGGGCGUAGACCCGACAUAUUUCCUCAAUUCAGCCCUAUGAAAACACCGUUACCGCUUCCAAUGCCGUAUGACCCUCCUGAAGAAGAUGAAGAAAAGAAAGAGGAAGAGGAGGAAGAAACUGAAAAGGAAGAAGAACCCGAGAAUCCCGAAAAGCAAUCCUGAGAAACAAUAGUUAGUAUUUUGCUACUACAAUUUUUGAUGUUUUAAAUUUCCAAAUUCCAAUGGUGGUUACCUCUUGAUUAUAUGCUACUGCUUCAUAUCUGCAGUGGAUAAGAUUCAUCUAUUUUUAGAGUAUGGUGUUUAGUGGUAUCGCCAUAUUCAAGCCGAGGGGAUUGUGCAGGCAUCUUAUUGGGAUUUUUUGUCUUACUUAGGUUACUAUAGGGAAAUUAGGUCCGAGUUCCCGAUUUAGAGUAUUGUAAUCCACUAGCCUUUCGGAUAUGAAUAUACUCGAUCUUCGACUCUUCGUUGUUCUUGUUCAUUAUUUUUUGGGACUC